AUGGCGCCGGAGACUCUCGUCGACACCAUGGAGUACUUCGCCUGCUCGCUCCUGCUCACGCUCAUCGGCCUCUUCGCCGUCGUGACUCUCUCCACCGCCCAGGUCCGAGACGUGGCGCGCAUGACGCUGCUCUCCUUCCUCCGCGUCUCGGCCUCGGCCUUCGGCUUCAUCCUCAUCGGCAUCAUUUACGUCCCCAUCCUCCUGCUGGAUCGAGCCGACGAAAACUUCAUACAGCCCAGGUUCGCGGGGAAUAUCUCGUCGACCCUCGGCCAACGGCGUGUCCGCCAUCGCAGGCAUAACAACAGUGACGUGAGCGAACUCGAGCUGGGCUCGCCAUUCAUCUCUCCCAAGCCACCUCUGCGCGGUGGCUCAUCUUGUGCGUUGGACGCUUCGGAUCUUUGCUGA